AUGUCGGAACUGAAUGGUCUUGAGGAGAAUAAGCUUGACGGAAGUUUGAAAGAAAAAGAUGUUGGCAACGACAACUCUGAGAGCGGAAAGACUUAUAAGAGCACUAAGAAGAGAAUACUGUCGAUGAGAGACGAGAGUAAAGAGAAUCCCAAACAAGUUAGGAUGAGUUCAUAUUAUGAAAAAAAGGCUGAAGAGUCUGGGAUUCGAGGUGGGGACGAAAAAGGCGGGAAGAAUGGUAUACUGAAGCAAGCAAUAUGGAGAAGGGAUCUGUCAUACAUCAGUGAGUUUCUGUUGAGAAAGGACAGAGGUCUAAUGCUGAAAACAUUGUCGUAUGAAGACAAAGAGGUGCUAGGGGAGAUACUCCUUGAAUUUGUUGACCAGCCGUUGCGGAUCGAGGCACUGGAGACUAUGAGAGAGAUUGUUUCGAGCAUAAAGAAUGUCGGAUUAUUUAUUAGAAAGCUGAAGGAGAGAGCCAUUGAUUUCUCAAAGCUGAUUUAUUUGAAAGGUAAGAUCGACUACCUAAGAUUUACAGCAGGAAAUCAAGAGGAGAAGGAGCCUGAAAUAACUGUCAAGGGAUAA